AUGUUGAAUGAGUUCGUAGUACAGUAUGAUAAAGUUGUUGAGGCUCGAAGGGCUGCCGAAGAAGAUGAAGACUUCAAGACCAUGAACUCCAAGCCAGUUCUUUCUUCUGUUAAUUUGAUAGAGGCAAAAGCGAGUUCACGUUACACAAGAAAACUCUUUGAUGUAUUCAAAAAAGAAUGGAUUGAAGCUACCUUCAAUUUAACUCAUGAGACCAUAAGCAAAACUUCUGAACAAAUCAUAUAUAAGGUUGGACAAGUGGAUAUAGAUAAAAUAUAUUGGAGAAAUGUUAGCUUUCGUGUCUCAGAUAAGAUAGAUGUCACAUGUUCAUGUGCAAAGUUUGAAACAUAUGGGAUAUUAUGCAAGCAUAUCUUGUAUGUCUUGAAGAAGAGACAUGUUGAAACUCUACCUGAUCAUUAUAUUUUACCUAGGUGGACUCUAGAUGCAAGGUAUAAGGUGGAUAAUUGCACGAUUGGCCUCGAAGACACACACAAUGAGAAUGAAGUAAGUGCGUUAACUUUAUGGUAUGUUCAAUCAAAUUUUAGAAAAGCGAUCGAACAAGCAAGAGACUCCCCGGUUGAGAUAAAGAAACUAAACAUUAUCCUUUUGAAGUUUUUAGAAGAGCAAAGUAUUCGAACAAGGUCGAAACAAUUAGAGACCGCUUCACAAGAUUCUAUGGCAGGAAGCUCUCAAGUGAACAUGAUACCUCAAAUUUCUAUUCGGGAUCCACUAGUCCAUACUAAUACUAAAGGUCGACCUAAAAGUGCAACUAGAAUCAAAUCAUCCCUUGAAGCACCAAAAAAGAGAGCUUGUUCUCACUGCAAGAAAGUGGGUCAUUACAUCAGCAGUUGUCCAAAAAAGAAGAUGGAAGAGUCGUUACUAGAAAGAGAAGGAUGAAAUGUGAAUCGGCUUGAAGAAUCAGCAAGUUUGCAAAUUUGUUAUGGUGGCACUUGUUUCAGUCUUGUAGAAAGUAAACUUAUUUUUGUAGUUUUGCAAUUUCUUUAUUACAAUAGUUUUGAUAUUA